UCAUUUAGCCUACGAUACAGAAACAUAAUCCAAGAUGAGGGCUCUUACCGAAGAAGAAACCAAAACCCUUUUCCAAAAACUCGCCAACUACACAGGCCGAUCCCUCAACCAACUCAUCCAGCCUACUGAAGAUAACGAGCGCUAUGUGUUUCGAAUCCAGGGUUCUCGAGUUUACUACGUGAAGCAAUCAAUUGCGAACCUUGCGACAAGUGUUGCGCGUGACAAUUUGCUGAGCUUGGGAGUCUGUGUUGGAAAGUUCACCAAGACCAUGAAGUUUAGGUUGCACAUCACUGCACUCGAUCUUAUAGCUCCCUAUGCGCGGUAUAAAGUGACCAUCAAGCAAAACGGAGAGAUGCCGUUCUUAUAUGGUGGAAACGUUGUGAAGGCCCAUGUCUUGCGAUGGUCUGAGGAUUGCCCUGAGCACAGUGGCUGCGUUGUGUUUUCUCAAGAUGAUACUCCAUUGGUAUGUCAUUUAUGACUGAAAGAAGCCUAUUGAAAUAUGACUGAUGGAAUAUUGUAGGGCUUCGGAGUCACCGCACGAUCAACUGCAGAAACACGAAAACUCGAGCCUACCGCCAUCGUGCUCUUCCGCCAGGGUGAUGUGGGCGAAUAUCUGAGAGAGGAAGAUUCGUUGUUCACGACAUAGUCAUGCGACUCGCUCUCCGUUUAUAUCUCGCAUUUAUAGGCGUUCAGGAAGUGUGUUUGGUGUCAUGCAAGAAAAAGUGAUACGUACCAUAUCUUUAGUUGUUAUACCAGAA